UCCCACUUGCUGUGCAUUUGUGAUUGUGGACACUUUUCUCUACCUGUCCUCAUCUGUAAAGUGGGCACAAUAAUAGUGUCAACGCGAUACGUGAUCUUUCACAUUAGCACACACAGUCGGCGUUCAAUAGAUGCUUGCGUUUAUUUCAUUCCUUGUCCUGGCGUCCGGGAACGGAGGGGAGUGAAACCAAUGUUAGUGGGUGACACAGGUCUAUCAAGGAUCUUAUAUCCUCGAAAAGAAGCAUUUUCGAAGUCCAGCGACCCCUGAAGUUACGCCUCUAACUACAGCGACCCAGAGACUCAGCCUCAGGAACUUCUAGCCACACCGACUCGGUGGUAGCAAACGAUAGAGUGGCGGAAGUGGCCCAUCCUCUUCCUCUAUCGGCUCAACGGCUUUGCUAAGCUUCUGGGGACUUCUUCGGCGCAGGGCAUUGUGGGCUUGCUGGGCGGCCCGACAGCGAGAACAGAGGACUAGCGGGCCACUGAACAAGCUUCCAAAAUGAUGCCCACACCAGUUAUCCUGUUGAAAGAGGGUACUGAUAGCUCCCAAGGCAUCCCUCAGCUUGUGAGCAAUAUUAGUGCCUGCCAGGUGAUCGCCGAGGCUGUAAGAACUACCUUGGGUCCUCGUGGCAUGGACAAACUUAUUGUGGACGGCCGAGGCAAAGCAACGAUUUCUAAUGAUGGGGCCACUAUUCUGAAACUGCUUGAUGUUGUCCAUCCUGCAGCAAAGACUUUAGUGGACAUUGCCAAGUCCCAAGAUGCUGAGGUUGGUGAUGGUACCACUUCAGUGACCCUGCUGGCUGCAGAGUUUCUGAAGCAAGUGAAACCAUAUGUGGAGGAAGGUUUGCACCCCCAGAUCAUCAUCCGAGCUUUCCGAACGGCCACUCAGUUGGCAGUUAACAAGAUCAAAGAGAUUGCUGUGACUGUGAAGAAGCAAGAUAAAGUGGAGCAGAGGAAGCUGCUAGAAAAGUGUGCCAUGACGGCUCUGAGCUCCAAGCUGAUCUCUCAGCAGAAAUCCUUCUUUGCUAAGAUGGUGGUUGAUGCUGUGAUGAUGCUUGAUGAUUUGCUGCAGCUUAAAAUGAUUGGAAUCAAGAAGGUACAGGGUGGAGCCCUAGAGGAGUCUCAGCUGGUGGCUGGUGUUGCAUUCAAGAAGACUUUCUCUUACGCUGGCUUUGAAAUGCAACCCAAAAAGUACCAUGACCCCACAAUUGCCCUUUUAAAUGUUGAGCUUGAGCUGAAAGCUGAGAAAGAUAAUGCUGAAAUCAGAGUCCACACAGUGGAGGAUUAUCAGGCAAUUGUUGAUGCCGAAUGGAACAUUCUAUAUGACAAGUUAGAGAAGAUCCAUCGUUCUGGAGCCAAAGUCAUCUUGUCCAAACUCCCCAUUGGGGAUGUGGCCACUCAGUACUUUGCUGAUAGGGACAUGUUCUGUGCUGGACGUGUACCUGAGGAGGAUCUGAAGAGGACCAUGAUGGCCUGUGGAGGCUCUAUCCAGACCAGUGUGAAUGCUCUGUCAGCAGAUGUGCUAGGCUACUGCCAGGUGUUUGAAGAGACCCAGAUUGGAGGCGAGAGGUAUAACCUCUUCACUGGCUGCCCCAAGGCCAAGACUUGUACCUUCAUCCUCCGUGGAGGCGCUGAGCAGUUUAUGGAGGAAACAGAACGGUCCCUGCAUGAUGCCAUCAUGAUUGUCAGGAGGGCCAUCAAGAAUGAUUCAGUGGUGGCUGGUGGUGGAGCCAUUGAAAUGGAGCUCUCCAAGUACCUUCGGGAUUACUCAAGGACUAUUCCAGGAAAACAGCAGCUGUUGAUUGGGGCAUAUGCCAAGGCCUUGGAGAUUAUCCCACGUCAGCUGUGUGACAAUGCUGGCUUUGAUGCCACAAACAUCCUCAACAAGCUGCGGGCUCGGCAUGCCCAGGGGGGCAUGUGGUAUGGGGUGGACAUCAACAAUGAGGACAUUGCUGACAACUUCGAUGCCUUUGUGUGGGAGCCAGCCAUGGUGCGGAUCAAUGCCCUGACAGCAGCCUCUGAAGCUGCAUGCCUUAUCGUGUCCGUAGAUGAGACCAUCAAGAACCCUCGCUCCACUGUGGAUGCUCCUCCAGCAGCUGGCCGGGGCCGAGGCCGCCUCCAGUGAGAGGUGCACACCCAUCACAUACUGACUGGCAGGCUGGCUGCAGAUGUGCUUGCCUUCUUUGACUUGGUUAGCUGAUGUUAUGAGGAAGUGGUAGUAGUUGGCCCACUGUUUCCACUAGUGAUUAUUUAAAUAAAAUUCAGACUUGGAAUUAA